CUGUUGACAAUUCGCUCCUACGAAAAUAAAGGAUUUAUUUAUUUAUUGUGCCGCGAGUGCUUUCGGUGGUUUCAUAAAAGUGCAAACAAAUGAUCAAUGUUACCAUCUAUAUUAACGGUCGGCAAUCUAUCUCGGGGUUUUAAUCGCCUAAAACUAAUCUCCGACACCAACCAUGUGGAAAAGUUAGCCAAUCUCCGUCCUUCCGGCUCGUCAACAGCUGCGAAGCAUCUCUAUUCCACGAUAGCCGGAGCGGACCGUUGGGAGGAUGGUCUUCCUUCGCAAUUCAGCAACACACCGCCGAAAGAUGCGCGGGUUGUCAUUUGCGGCGGUGGCAUUAUGGGAGCAGCGGUAGCGCAUCAAUUAGCACAACGAGGCUGGGGCCAGCAUACGGUGCUAAUAGAACGGGGGCGAAUUGGUGAAGGCAAUCCGUUGCACUUCAGCGGUCUGCUGGGCGAACUCAAGCCAACCCAUUCGCAGGUGAUGCUUGCGCAGACUUCGCUGGAACUGAUACGGGAUUUGCACGCCAAAGGUCUUCCUACGGGAUGGAAACAAACGGGAUCGCUAAACUUGGCACGAACGCGAGACCGGAUGACCAUGUUCCGUCGCAUGAAAUCGCAAAGCGUUUCCUGGAAUGUGGAAUGUGAAAUCGUAACGCCAGAGCGAUGUAAAGAGCUGUGUCCCUUAAUAGACAUCGGUGACGUAGUAGGUGGAUUGUGGAUUCCCAACGACGGUGUCGGAAAUCCUAACGCAUUCUGCCACAGUUUGGUGCAAGAAUCUCUAGAAAAAGGCUUAACGGUUGCGGAAAACUGCUCAGUUACCAGAGUGAUCCAAAAGGAUGGACGGAUCAAAGCGGUCGAAACCAGCAAAGGUACCGUGGAAUGUGUGUACUUCGUGAACUGUGCUGGAUUCUGGGCUCGCCAGGUGGGACAGAUGUCGGAACCGUACGUUAAGGUUCCGCUUCACGCGGCUGAACACUACUAUCUGCACACCAAACCGAUUCCCAUGCUCGGUGACAAGUUCCCGGUGGUGCGCGAUUUGGACGGACACAUUUACUUCCGCGAGAAUGAUGGGUGUCUGCUGGCAGGGGGAUUCGAAGCAAAAGCCAAACCCGCUUACGAAGACGGCGAAAUACCUGUGUCGACUGCUGAACGAAAGCUGCUUCCAGACUGGGACCAUUUUCAUCCCUUACUGGAAGAACUCAUCCGUCGCUGCCCCUCGCUGAAGGAUGUGGCACUGGAAAGGCUUUCCAACUGCCCGGAAGCAUUUUCGCCGGACUGUAAAUGGAUCAUUGGGGAAGCUCCAGAGAUACAAAACUAUCUGGUAGCUGCUGGCAUGAAAACCGUCGGGAUGUCCGCAGCCGGUGGUGUGGGACGGGCAAUAGCAGAUAUAAUAACACAAGGUUAUUCUACGGUGGACCUACAUGAGCUGGAUAUUUCUCGAUUUUUGGGCUUGCACAACAAUCGCAAGUUUCUGCGUGAUCGUGUGCGCGAGGUGCCUGGAUUGCAUUACGAUCUCAACUACCCGUUUCAUGAGUUCCGCACCGGGCGCAACCUGCGCAUGUCGCCCAUUUUUCCCGCGCUGAAAGAAGCCGGAGCCGUCUUCAGUCAGGUGAUGGGUUACGAACGGCCCGCGUGGUUCGAUAAGAAAAAUUCCGUGGACGACAAGGGCAGCCCAAAGUUUCGCAUUGCCACAACGAACGGCUUUGGCAAACCGCAUUGGUUCGACCAUGUGCAGAGCGAGUAUGAAAAUUGUCGUGAAAGGAUCGGAAUGAGCGAUUACAGCACGUUUACCAAGAUCGACCUAUGGUCCAAAGGAAACGAGGUGGUCGAUUUGCUGCAGUAUCUCUGCUCGAACGAUGUGGAUCAACCGGUCGGUUCAAUCAUUCACACCGGCAUGCACAACCGCCAUGGAGGGUAUGAGAACGAUUGCUCCUUAGCACGACUGUCGGAGAAUCAUUACAUGAUGAUUGCCCCGACGGUGCAGCAAGCACGGUGCAAAGCAUGGAUUGAGCGCCAUCUGCCUCCGGGCGGCCGCGUCAGUGUGUCCGACGUUACGUCGAUGUAUACCGCGAUAUGUAUCAUGGGACCGUUUACGCGUAUCAUGCUUUCCGAGCUCACCGAUACAGAUCUAUCACCGAAAAGUUUUCCAUUCUUCACCUGUAAGGAAUUGGAUGUUGGUCUAGCAAACGGAAUACGCGCCCUGAAUCUGACGCACACCGGUGAGCUCGGCUACGUCCUGUACAUACCGAACGAAUUUGCUUUACACGUGUACACGAAGCUUAUGGAAGCGGGGCAAAAGUAUGGCAUUAGGCACUGCGGCUAUUACGCGAUGCGAACGCUGCGUGUUGAAAAGUUUUUUGCAUUUUGGGGCCAAGAUUUGGACACGUUCACCACUCCCCUAGAGUGUGGACGCAUGUGGCGUGUGAAGUUCGAUAAAAAGGUAGAUUUUAUUGGAAAGGAAGCAUUGCUGCAGCAGCGAGACAAGGGUGUGGAGCGGAUGUACAUACAGCUGCUGAUCAACGAUCACGAUCCGGAUCUCGAUCUGUGGAGCUGGGGCGGCGAACCGAUCUAUCGCGAUGGGCUGUACUGUGGCCAGACGACAACCACAGCCUACGGCUUUACGUUCAAAAAGCAGAUCUGUCUUGGAUUCGUUAAAAACUUACACCCAAAUGGCCGAGCGCUGCCGGUGACGAAUGACUAUGUGCUGAGCGGAGACUACGAGGUGGAAAUAGCUGGAAUUCGUUACCCUGCGAAAGCAAAUCUGCACUCGCCCAACUUACCCACCAAGUACCCAGAUCAGGAGCGCGAAGCUUACAAGGCUACGCGCGAUAAAAUGGACGAGUCGAACCUUUUGGCCUAUCGACCUAAUAAGUAACAAGAGCUUAUCGAGUAGCGAGAGGCUGAACUUGUAUGAAUUUUGUUGUUGAGCAUUUUUUGUUCGAACAUUGAGAAACUUUUGAGUUUUAGAAUGUUUUGACCUGCUUGUUACUGACUAGUUUGAAAUAAAAGGAUUAAUUGAUCGCCAGUUCAUGUACAUUCAUUCGCACAUUCAUUUGAAGUAUGAUAAAGGAAAAACUAAGUGCCAUUGUGUUAAAGUGCUGGGUAUGCGGUAGAGUCGAAUUGUAUGGAAAUUGUUAAUUGUAAAAUACACAAUACGACAUAUAACAUAAACUGUCGUUGAAAAUUGA